GACUGGGACUUUCCUCCGGCUGCCGCCCGGCUCUGCCCUCCUGUCCUUAACCCAGGCUUCCCAGCUGCCAGACAGGCUAUACCUAUGGCACCUCCAAGCGAGGAGACACCCCUGAUUCCUCAGCGUUCCUGCAGCCUCUCGUCUUCAGAAGCUGGUGCCCUGCACGUGCUGCUGCCCCCUCGGGGCCCUGGACCCCCACAGCGCCUAUCUUUCUCCUUUGGGGAUCAUUCAGCUGAAGAGCUGUGUGUUUGGGCUGCUAAGGCCAGUGGCAUCCUGCCUGUGUACCACUCCCUCUUUGCUCUGGCCACGGAGGAUCUGUCCUGCUGGUUCCCCCCAAGCCACGUCUUCUCCGUGGAGGACUCGGGCACCCAAGUCCUGGUCUACAGGCUCCGGCUUCUCCCCUUCCCCAACAGCUUUUACUUCCCCAACUGGUUUGGGCUAGAGAAGUGCCACCGCUUUGGGCUACGAAAGGACUUGGCCAGCGCCAUCCUUGACCUACCAGUCCUGGAGCACCUCUUCGCCCAGCACCGGAAUGACCUGGUGAGUGGCCACCUCCCCGUGGGCCUCAGUCUCAAGGAGCAGGGUGAAUGUCUCAGCCUGGCGGUGCUGGACCUGGCCCGGAUGGCUCACGAGCAGGCUCAGCAGCCUGAGGAACUGCUGAAAACUGUCAGCUACAAGGUCUGCCUGCCCCCCGACCUGCGCGACCUGAUCCAGGGCCUGAGCUUCGUGACGCGGAAGCGCAUCCGCAGGACUGUGCGCAGGGCCCUGCGCCGCGUGACCGCCUGCCAGGCUGACAGGCACUCGCUCAUGGCCAAGUACAUCAUGGACCUGGAGAGGCUCGACCCGGCCAGGGCGGUCGAGACCUUCCUCGUGAGCCUCCCCGGGGCUGCUGGUGGUCUGGAUGCGCAGGGGCUGCUCCGAGUGGCUGGUGACACCGGCAUUGCCUGGAGUCCAGGAGGACAAGAGGCCCUCCAGCCCUUCUGCGACUUUCCAGAAAUUGUGGACAUCAGCAUCAAGCAGGCUCCGCGUGUUGGCCCGGCCGGGGAGCACCGCCUGGUCACCGUCACGAGGACAGACAACCAGAUCCUGGAGGCCGAGUUCCCGGGGCUGCCCGCCGCGUUGUCCUUCGUGGCGCUCGUCGACGGCUACUUCAGGCUGACCUCCGACUCCAGGCACUUCUUUUGCAAGGAGGUUGCGCCGCCGCGGCUGCUGGAGGAGGUGGCCGAGCAGUGCCACGGCCCCAUCACCCUGGAUUUUGCCAUCAACAAGCUCAAGACUGGGGGCUCACUUCCCGGCUCCUACGUUCUCCGCCGCAGUCCCCAGGAUUUUGAUUGCUUCCUCCUCACUGUCUGUGUCCAGACCCCCCUGGGUCCUGAUUAUAAGGGCUGCCUCAUCCGGUGUGACCCCACGGGAACCUUCUCCCUGGCUGGCCUUGGCCGUCCCCAUAGCAGUCUCCGAGAGCUCUUGGCAGCCUGCUGGGAUGGCGGGCUGCAUGUGGACGGGGUUGCGCUGAACCUCACCUUCUGCUGCACCCCCAAACCCAAAGAAAAGUCCAACCUGAUUGUGGUGCGGAGGGGUUGCAGCACACCCACUUCAUCCCCUGUUCAGCCCCAAUCCCAAUACCAGCUGAAUCAGAUGACGUUUCACAAGAUCCCUGCUGACAGCCUGGAGUGGCAUGAGAACCUGGGUCACGGGUCCUUCACCAAGAUAUACCGAGGUUGUCGCCACGAGGUCGUGGAGGGGGAGGCCCGGGAGACGGAGGUGCUGCUCAAAGUGAUGGAUGCCAAACAUAAAAACUGCAUGGAGUCAUUUCUGGAAGCAGCGAGUUUGAUGAGCCAAGUGUCAUACCAGCAUCUCGUGUUGCUCCAUGGCGUGUGCAUGGCCGGAGACAGUAUCAUGGUACAGGAAUUUGUACACCUGGGAGCGCUGGACACCUACCUGCGCAAGUCUGGCCACCUGGUGCCAGCCAGCUGGAAGCUGCAGGUGAUCAAACAGCUGGCCUAUGCCCUCAACUAUCUGGAAGACAAAGGCCUCCCCCAUGGCAAUGUCUCAGCCCGGAAGGUGCUCCUGGCUCGCGAAGGGGCUGAUGGGAACCUGCCCUUCAUCAAGCUGAGUGAUCCUGGUGUCAGCCCCUCUGUGCUAAGCCGGGAGAUGCUCACUGACAGGAUCCCCUGGGUGGCCCCCGAGUGUCUCCAGGAGGCCCGGACACUCGGCUUGGAAGCUGACAAGUGGGGUUUUGGUGCCACAGUCUGGGAGGUGUUCAGUGGGAUCCCGAUGCCCAUCAGCACCCUGGAUCCCGCCAAGAAGCUCCAGUUUUACGAGGAGCGGCAGCAGCUGCCUGCCCCCAAGUGGAUGGAGCUGGCCAUACUGAUCCAGCAGUGCAUGGCCUAUGAGCCAGGCCAGAGACCCUCCUUCCGUGCCAUCAUCCGUGACCUGAACAGCCUCAUCACUUCAGAUUAUGAGCUCCUCUCAGACCCCACGCCCGGUGCCUUGGCGCCCCGUGAUGGGCUGUGGAAUGGCGCCCAGCUCUACGCCUACCAGGACCCUACCAUUUUUGAGGAGAGACACCUGAAGUACAUCUCACAGCUGGGCAAGGGCAACUUCGGCAGCGUGGAACUGUGCCGUUAUGACCCUCUGGGUGACAACACGGGCGCCCUAGUGGCAGUGAAGCAGCUGCAGCACAGCGGGCCAGACCAGCAGAGGGACUUCCGGAGGGAGAUCCAGAUCCUCAAAGCCCUCCACAGCGACUUCAUUGUCAAGUACCGUGGUGUCAGCUAUGGCCCAGGCCGCCAGAGCCUGCGGCUGGUGAUGGAGUACCUGCCCAGCGGCUGCCUGCGCGACUUCCUACAGCGGCACCGCGCGCGCCUCGACGCCAGCCGCCUGCUCCUCUACGCCUCGCAGAUCUGCAAGGGCAUGGAGUACCUGGGCUCCCGCCGCUGCGUGCACCGCGACCUGGCUGCGCGUAACAUCCUGGUGGAGAGCGAGACGCACGUCAAGAUCGCCGACUUUGGCCUCGCCAAGCUGCUGCCGCUCGACAAAGACUACUACGUGGUCCGCGAGCCCGGCCAGAGCCCCAUCUUCUGGUACGCCCCGGAGUCCCUCUCUGACAACAUCUUCUCGCGCCAGUCCGACGUCUGGAGCUUCGGGGUCGUCCUGUACGAGCUUUUCACCUACGGCAACAAGAGUUGCAGCCCCUCAGCCGAGUUCCUGCGGAUGAUGGCAUGUGAUGGAGAUGUCCCGGCCCUGUGCUGCCUCCUGGAGCUGCUGGCUGAGGGCCAGAGGCUGCCCGCGCCUCCUGCCUGCCCUGGUGAGGUUCAUGAGCUCAUGAAGCUGUGCUGGGCCCCUAGCCCGCAAGACCGGCCAACAUUCAGUGCCCUGGGCCCCCAGCUGGAUGCACUAUGGAGUGCAAGCCAGGGCUAGCAGAGAGUGUGAAACUCACGCCUUCCCUGCUUGUCUGGAGGGAGAAACGCAUUCACUUCAUUUUUAUAUCUCCUGCACACCUACCUCUGGGUUCUGGUCUUUGUGAACUGGCUGUGUGAGCUUGGGCAGGAGGUUGCCCCUCUCUGGGCUUCCUGCUUCACAGAGACCCCCCAGAGGGCAAAUGACAUUGCAUUUGGGGGGCAUCCCUGGCUUGUGGGGCAACAGAAGUUUUGUGGCCUCAGGAACUUGUAAAGAUUCAAGAUGAAUGCCUUGGUGGGGCCUGCUGUGCCUUGACCCCAGAAUCUAGGAGCCAAACUUAAGCCCCUCCCAUCUUCCUAUCCUCUCAGGGUUUGGCCCUGAGCUUCCUGUCUCAGUGAAGAUCUUGCAGAUCUUUAAAUACAUGAUCUCAGGCCAACAUCCCUCUUUUGCUGGAGGAAGCCACAGACAAAAGCAGCUGCCCUGGUUGGAAAUUCACUUUCUGGGGGGGAGCCUGCGUGACUUUUUGGGCUCAUGUGAGGGGCCAGGAGAGGCUGGGGUCCCAGUCCACCCUAAUUGUACCAGAGCAUCCUGGGCCUUCCAUUUGCCAACUUGAAUACUGGGACCCUUUCUAUCCCGACCGGAGGGUCACUCAGUUGAUGACGCUGGAGACUUACAGGAGCUUUUCAGUAGCUGAGGGAAGGAAAGGCAUUCUUGGCAGAGGGAACAGCAUGAUGAGAGUGAAGAGGUUCAGAGUACAGAGGUUAAGAGCCCAGCUGUUGGAGCCCACGGUUCUGCCACUUAAUCACCGAAUGAUGGUGGGCAACUUGCCUCCCCUACUGGGUCUCAGUUCCAUCCCCUGUAUAAUGGGCAGAUAAAUGGUGCUGGCUUCUUGCUGUACACAGGCAGCUUCUGGAGGCUUGUGAGAAAGCAUCUGGUGCAGGUUAAGCCAGCCCCUCCCUCCCAACCCCCCCCCCCCCGCCCACUCCUCACCUGCCUGCAGUCUUUUCUACCACUUCUGCCCCCUGGAAAACUCUUAUUUAUCUCUCGAAACCCCAGCUGUCACCUCCCUGCAGCCUUCCCUGGCAUGUUCCUGCCACUCCUCACCUGCCAUGUACUUACCUCUGACCCCAGGAGUGGGGUCUCUGUCCAGAUCCCUCUCCUCUGACCUGGAGGCUCCCUGGGGGCUGGGAUGGGUAGGUACAAAGGGGACUUUGGGAGCAUUUGUUUAAUGAAUAAAGUUGGGU